AUGUUGUUGCUUAGCAAAAAUGCCAACUGCCACGUCGGAGGUUUUGCUUUGACAUCCAUAGCAUGGGUCCUCUGCAGCAUCGCCACAGGCCUCCCACAGUGGCGAGUCUGGUACUUAAAUGAAACCGUGUUCACCAAGCCUACCACGGCCUUUAUAGGAAUGUGGAGAGUCUGCAUUUAUCACCAAAACAGCAAACCUGGCAGUGCCAGAGUGUGCCAUGAGUACACCUACCAUGACAGCUUUAUCCCUUUGGAUGUUCGUAUCGUUCAACACUUGUUACUGUUCUCCAACAUGCUUGGAUUGAUUGGAACAGUUACUACUAUUUUUGCUCUUCGAAAUGUGUAUGCAGAGAAAGUACAGAAGAAUGCUACCUACAAUCCGUUCAUCAUUUCAGCCAUUCUCAACAUCAUUGUCAGUAUCUUUGUCUUCCUUGCCGUCUUAUUCAAUUACUUCUCUGUCAUUAACAAAGCAGGAAUUGCCUUCCCGCCAUCUUUCCAUAUGCCAUUAUACCCACCUAAGCAGAGAAUUGGAAUUGCUAAUGUAGUGGCAUGUCUAUGUGCUCUCAUGUUUUUAAGCAGUGGCCUUAUUUUCAUUUCUUACACAUCUUCCGUGGAAAAGCAAGUGUUUCCUGAGAUUUGA